AUGCCUAACCAGUGUGUGGCAGCGAACUGCACGAACAAGAGGGCGGAUGGCUUUAGCCUUUUCCAGAUGCCAUCGGACGAAAAUCUGCGGGCGAAGUGGAUUCAGCAAAUUCGCCGUAGAAGAUCUGGCCCGAACGGAAAGCUGUGGAACCCAACCAAGAACUCGUUUUUGUGCUGUGCACACUUCACAGAGGACUGCUUCAACCCUGUCUCAAAGUUGAAGCAACAGUUCGGGAUUGAGAUGAAACAACACAAGAAGUUCUUGUUGCCCGGGGCUGUUCCAAGUAUCUUUCCCCGUGCCCGAGGCACAGAGUCAGAGGCGAGCACGGCGCAGCCUAAAAAGCGCAGGAAAUCUGGUGCAGUUGAGAAAAGGCGCAGAAUUGAG